GACUCGCUGUGCCCCGUGUUGACGUUCUAUCGCGCUGCAUAUACAAACAAAUCGUUAAUUUAUAAAUCGAAAGAUGAUAACGAUCGAAUGGUACCAAUUACGCUUCUUUGGAUGAAACAUUUGAAUUUAGAAUUAAGGGAUGUGCUAUAUGAUUGUUAUAUAAUAACGUUAGAAUAUAUACGGAAUAUCGAUUCUAGCUAGUGAGGAACUCGAUAUAUAGGACGAUUUGAAGUCACUAUGUCUAGGUCACGAUUUGGAAUGAGUUGAACUUGUAGCUCUCUGUGUUUAUCUUAUCAGUGCAAUUAUUUGUUGUUGUGAUUCCACGUCAAUUCAAUGUGAAUGAAAUUUUAAAAUUUUAAUUAGUGAUAUCUAGAAUACAAAGUCGAUUAGAGUUUACGUCAUAGCAUGUUGUUCUGUAAUGUUGUGUAAAGUGAUUUGCAUAGAUUUUUAGUCAACUUUAUACGCAUAUGUGGAAAAUUGUGUCUUAGUUUUGUGCUGUAGUCUUAGUGUUUGGAUCAAUUUAUGAGAAAAUGUUCGGGGUACUAAUGAAGCGUUGGAAACCAAAAAGAACAUCAAACAACGAGAGAGAUGAAAGUCCCUGCACAGAUGGCAAUGUAUCUCCAGAACCUCCCGACCGUCCACCUGGGAAGGUCCGUCAAAUACAUCCCGCAGAAAAACCACAAAUGCUUGCCUACGAUUCCUCAUAUCGCAGGAAGAGUAAACCAAAUGUACUGCCCUUAGAAGAAAAUCAUUAUAACCAUCUGGCAAAUACCAAUGUUGCAAUGACUCCGCUAUAUCCAUUGACGCCAAAUAUAUGCGUUGAAGGAGGGAAAAUUGAAUUUAUCAAAUCUCCACCGAGCAGUGCAAGAAAUAGUCUAGCGAUGGUGUCGCCCCCACAAACGCCGCUUUUGGCGCGAAGAGGCUCGCGCGACAAAAGGGAUGCGAGGAUUUACGACGAACCUGCUGAGAAGUCCGACGAAGAUAAGGAGCUACUAGAGAAGCGCAUAAAACAGCUAGAGGCGCAGUUGGAAGAAGAAAAGAGAAGGACCCAGAAGGAGAAAAUGGCGGUCACCAAGUUGCAGAACAAACUUAUUAAGGUAUGGGAGUUGAAAUUGACGAUAUUUGGAAUACGUAAGCACCGUAACGGGCAAAUACAAAGUUACAUGGACAACAAUACAGCUUGUUCACGCGAGGGUGCUGCGCGCAGCGAUGCGGAGCGUGAGAGGCGCGCGCGCAGCGACUGGGAGGCGCGAGCGCGCGCCGCUGAGGCUGAUGCGGCGCGGCUGGCUGGCAAGCUGCAUGCUGCCCAGCGAGAGAUUGCCAGGAUGGAGGAAACCGUGCGCUCGCUUCUGCAGUACAAGAGUCGAGUGGAGACUUUGAAGCAAGAGAAGGCUUCACUUUCAUCGGCUCUGGAGGCGUCCGCGUCGCACUACCAAAGCCAGUUAUCCUCCUUGUCAGCUGAAAACGAGCGUCUCCGGGGGCAACUGUCAGCACUAUCAGCCGGGCUGGGGGGCGACCAUGAACGGAGGCUGGAUGACGUGGCCCAACAGGUCGUCAGGGCGUUAUUGUCGCAAAAGAGUGUCCGCGAAGAAUUGGGAUGCGCCCGAGCAAGAGUCAGAGAGCUGGAGGCACAGAAUCGAGCGCUGAGUGCGCUCCUAGUGAGGCAACUUCGACCGCAGCCUAGGCCGUCCCCUGCCACGCCUCACACCCCCCUCACACCACACACACCAAGGGACUUACAAGUGCACCUAGUAGACGUGGGUUCCUGCGGUUCUUUAGUCUCGUUUCGGGACUCCCCGCCGCCCGCGCCGCCUGUGCAACACCCGCACCCCCUCAGCCAGGACGAUAAGAGGCGGCACCAGAUACUUGCCGAUAUCUGGACUGAACUCAAGGGAUUGGAAGUAACACCAGCUAACUUAGCACGAGCGCUAUCAGCAGUGGACCCAACUCUCUGGGCAGCUCCUGCGAGACCCGCCACUCUCAGCCUCAACAUGCCCCAACCUUGCACAGACCCCGUCCGGGGAACUGAUGGAGAAAAAGUAACAGAAGAAGAAACUGGCGAGCAAGGCGAAGCAGGCGCCGAGUCUCCUGAAAGCGGCGCGAAGGAUGAAGGUUACUCUACAAUGUCCAGCGACGUUCAAGCAGACGCUUCAAGACAGAGUGACCACGCUGCGGAUCGGGCUUUACCAGACCUAAAUGAGGCUUCCGACGAAACUGACAACCAAACUAUAGUAUCCAUCAAUCCUAGAGAAUCUCGCCGUCAUGCGAGGCUAAUGGCAGAUGCAGAUUAUAUUUAUUUUCCAAUAGGUGUAGCAUUUGCCGGUGUCAGAGGCAGCUAUCCACCAUCUCGACCCGUCCUCCCAUUUCAGCACGUCGUACGAAGUUUCUCAGACUCUCAUCUCUGCUUGAAAUUAUUAGCAGGAACAACCUGUCCUACAAGUUGUCUAGAUAGCCCAACUCCCAGUUCUGGAGUUUUAGUAUUAGAUCUAAAGCCUGCUCCUGAGAGACCGUUAAGGAGGCCGGCAAUAGCAUCAACUACAAGUUCUGAAAGAGUGUCUUGGGGAAGUACUGCAGAUGAAAGAGCUGACGGCUCUCAAUAUGAUGCAGAUUAUGUUCAGCAUUGGCUUGAACUUGAUGAUGCUCGAUCAGCAUUACAACAAAGACAUAGAGAUAUAGCUGAUUUAGAAUAUGAUAGGGCUGAACUCGAAGAUUGGAGCCUAUCCUUGUCAUGUGAAGAUCUCAGAGAUAGGCAAUCACCAUUUGCUGAAAUCGCUACCCCAGGACAAAUAUCAUUAUCAACAUUGCCAAGUAUUAGAGAAGAUGAUGCAUUAGAAUUGGAAGAAGACGUUGGUGAUUGUCUUUGGAAUGAUUGCGGGUUUGCGACUGUUGAAAUUGAUGAAUGUAGAAUAGAUGACGCAAAUACGUCAGAUAAAAGGUGGGAAUGUUCAGGUACUCAGUCUCCCGGGGGCUCUUGGUCCAGUACCCAAUCUGAUGUUCCAGAUAAAAGGUCUAGUACUGCUUUAAGUGAAGAUGGUGAUUGUGCAAAUAUAGGUGUUGAUUUUACUCGUGAUUUUUAUCGACUUGUUAAAUAUGAAAGUACUAAAAGUUUAGCUUCCAACUCUUCGAGAGGUAUACCCGCACCAGACCUCAUGCCCGGAAAUAAUUUAAGAGUUCACGAUGUACAAGCUAUGGCUUUGCAAGAUCGCGAGCAAGCGCUACAAAAUGUUCUACAUUUUAUAGCAGAACAGCAAAAAUAUUGUCGAGAUAGAGAAGAAUCGGACUCAGUAUCAUCGCGACCUGUGUCUGAAAUACGCGAGUUGCCUCCUCCCUACGCCGCUGCAGAUUUCGACGACGAUUCUGUUGGACCCCGCAGCGAAGUAUCAGAAGAUAGACUACGACCAGACUCAUUCGGCAGUUUCUCUGAAAACGAAUCCUGCGAUGUGAUACCGGUCGAUCGACUAAAACAUAUUCAUUGUGAUACAGUUUCCGAGCCAAGAUCAACACCACGAUUUAUCGAACGUGAGGAUCCAUAUGCAGAAUCAGGUGAUUAUUUCGACGAUAUGUUGCGAUUAGAAAAUACAGAAAACGAAAUAGAUGAACACCAUCAUUUAAAAGUGCAAAGAAAGAACGAGAUAAAUAAAAGCAUUGAUGUUAGCAUUUCUGUUGAUGAAGAUCUGUCCGCACCUCAAAUAAAAGAAGAAAAAAGUGAUACCGAUUCUAGUCGCAAUGUAGAACACAAUUCGGCGUUGAAAGAAAAUAUAGUAAAUAUAAUGUUAAAUAAACAAGGAGUGGUAAAUGAAAGGGUAGAAAUAGAAACUGCUUUAACCAAAUCGACAAGUUUUACAUUUCCAAGCGUAGACACGGAGAUGUCCCUUGUAGAUGAAGUACUGAGUGCAUGCAGAAGAAGCACUGUGGCUUUAGUUACUGUUCCUGAAGAGGAAGAGAAUUCCUCACCUGAAACGGGUUCUCCUCAAAUGACUGAAUCGAAUACAACAAGCACUUCUACAGCUGAAACUGUGAUAGUAAGUAAUAAGAACGAAGCGGCUCAAAAAGAAAUUAGGCCUAAAAGUGAAAAGAGCCGAAUACCGACUCUCAUGGGUGGGAAGCGUCCACCUUCUUCCCCGAAUAAAGUUAGGUCGAAGAUUCCUGUGGCCGGAAAAUUACGUCCGGAAACAACUGUUACUGUUCCUGAGCCAAUUAUCGUCAAACAAGAUCAGACGCUAAGUUUUCAUGAAGCUGCCACUUCCAAAGAUGUCAUCGAAGAACUGAACAGAAUGAUCCGUCAGAACGACGCCACGUCGUCGGCGGGCGCGGAGCAGCGCGCGGCGCCGGCGCCGGCGCAGCGCGACGCCGCGCUGUGGGCGCCCACCGGCUGGGUGCACGUUGAGAAGGACAUCGAUUUCAGCGACCCGAAGGCCCGAGCCAACCUGCUGGACGUGAUGCUGGCGUCGAGCGACUCCUCCCCCUCCUCGUGCGGCUCCUCCCCCGCGGAGCCCCCGCCCCCCUACUCCCGCCUGCACCGGCUGCACCGCUCGAGGAGGCAGAAAACUGCGGCCGCUCACAGCCGCGCGCCGGGCGCGCUGCGGGCGGCGCGCGCGCGCCCGAGCGUGCUGCAGCGCGCGGACGUGUUCGUGCGCUUCGGCGACGCCGAGCGCGCCGCGCUCGCCGCCUUCCGCUUCCUCGACGACCUCUCCUGCUCCUCCCCGGACACCAAAGACUGUUAAUUAUGUGUAGCAAUAACGCGGAUAUUAUAUUUUUCUAUGUCGCUCGUAUGUGAUAGUUUAUGGUGAGCGGCACGGGGUUGUCUCGCUCACGCGUCUGACGAUUCCGCGGGUUUAUAACGUGCGAUGUUUUUUGUUUUGUAUAUAAAUAUUACGAUUGCUUUGCGCAUGAUGCGGGAUAUGUCCGCAUAUGUUAGCAGCUUGCAAAAGUUUAGCGCGAAAAAUAUUCGCUGUUCAGUCUUAAAUUGAAUUGGUGAGCCAAAUAAUUUAUUCAUGUGUAGCGUCUGUGGCUGCACUAUCCGCAGGGCUGCAGCUUUAGAUAUGUCCAGACAUUUUAUCUGUAUAGGUGUUGUAGUCUCACUUUCGACUUAUAGAACUACGACGAAGCACAUAGGAUAGUCUAUACAUACUUCCUAGGUUUUCUUUAAUAGGUGUGGGAGGAAGUAACUAAAUACAAAUGGCACUGAUGCGUUGUUUUGUGUACAAAUGUGUUGUAAGUUCAGAUUUUAAUAAAAGUAACAGUGAAAUAUCGAACAUACCAAUAUUGAUUUAUGCUUGAAAUGCAUCAAACAAGCGAAACAGCUUUCUAAAACAAUAGCAAUAAGGUUGAUGAUUACUUCCUGCAAUGUCUGGCUCGCGCUUCGAACCAAGACAGCUUAGGUAAGAAGACGAAAUAACUAAUGACUAAGUAAUGAAAGCUGCGGCCUCGAAGUAAUGUGAUAUUUUUGUAUAUACUGUAAGUCCCACUUAUUUUCAUAUACAUUUAAAUGGAUUCCUUUCUAACCGAACGAAGCGUACUGUUGGUUCAAGGGUGAAGUUCUGAGUUUCAGAGUCUGUACACCUAAACUCGCUCUGGUGAGAUGCAACCGCAUCCUUUUCGAUCUAAUAACGACUUAAAAAGAAAAACAUGUGACUGCAUCUCGCUGUUGCAAUUUACUAAUCGUAAUACCUAGGUACUUAUGUAAAUAUUGUCGAUUACGAAUAAUAUCGAAUUAAGAACUACACUUAUUUUGAAUGAUAGUCAACUAUAACGAUCGAUUAAAAUUAUAAAAAUCCAUUAAAUCGAAGGGUACUAAAGUAUGUUAAGUGUAUAUAAUUAUUAUGACGACAUUGAUUGCUAUUUAUUGAGUUUAUCGUUUGCCAAGUGUUCAUAAUUUCUGUAUACUUAAGUACAUAUCAUGAAUUUUAUUGUUUCGUUAAGCAACGAUCGUGUAUUUUAAGAAUCGACUUGAAUGCAAACGCAAAUUGUAAUUUUAUUUUGUGUAAUUUUAAAAAGCAACCGUGAUUGUAUAUUCUGAUUGUAAUUAUAAUAUUUUACAAGCAUUUUUACGUCCAGACUAAAAUAGUGUCAACUUAAUGUACUUAUUUUUUUUUUAACUGAUCAUUAUAGCGCAAGUCGAAGUCAGCUUUUCGAUUGCUUUGCGAGUAGUCUUACGGUUAUAAACCUAAACACGUGUGAAUUGUAUUAUUUCCUAGUUAUUGUAUGGCGGAACCAAAGCAACUUCAGAAAAUAUCGUUUGCCACCACUUGUUACGCUGCGACACUUUUAUAUCUCAUUUUAGAAAUCCUUUUUACUUCAUUUGGACUAAGAAAAAGCAUAAGAUAGAAACAUUUAAUCUUUAUUCUUUUAUAUAGAUAUUCUUCUUAAAACCGGAAUAAUAUACUGUAUUAUUAAUAAAAUACAUUUUUCUAUAAUUAUAUGAUUUUUAUUAUAUUUAUUGACAUUAUCGAGUUCUUAAAAAACAUUAUUUCUACAAGAUCUUUUCUUCCUUCUGGCUAACGUUUUCUUAGUCCAAUUUUGGUAAUAAGCCAACUGUGUAAUCUCGACUACGUUUUACCCCAGCGCUUUGUUUAAUGGUAAAGAUUGAAGACAAUAAAGGAAGAUUUAUACCUAUAAUUAAUGAAUAUCACGAAGUGUCGACUCGAUAUUUAAAAUAUUAACUUGUUAGUGUAAGCUACGAUGUAGGUAAUUUGCAUAUUCGAGACUUUUGUGGACGUCUUCGUGUGUUCGGAUAUAUGCGCUGAGGGAACUAGCAAACCCGCUUUUGGUGUGAAAACGUCCGUCCAAAACCGAAUUCGUAGUGUCCUAGCUUUUUGAUUGGAAAUUUACGUGCAGUCUGUCAAGGAAAUGAAGAAAACUGAUUUUUACCAACUAAAUUUUUUGCCAUUGCAUUGUCGGCCAGCCUACAGGAGACAGAGCCCUUAUAUAUUUUCUUAAUCUUCUUGACAGACUCUAAAAUCAAGCAUUUAUUUAGCAUCUUCUUCCUCUAUAUUAUAAAUUUAAUUGCAUCUCCCGCUGUUGUUAUAUUUGUAUCAUCAGUGAAAAUAUCCGAAUACAGAAUACGUUUUAUUUAUUAAACAAUUGUGAAUUAAAGAGUUUGGAUUGUAACAUAAGGAACAUUAAUUUCCUGUAAAUUCAUCGAAACGAAUUGGCGUGUAUCAUUUCACAUAAAUUAUGUAAUAACCAUUAUAUCAUGUAAUCGUAGGAUCCAAGAGGUACUGUGAUUGGUAACUACCACUGAAUUUUGGAGGAUAAUAAGGUACUUUGUCGAGUCAAAUUUAUAACACCACGGGAAAAUAAAAAACUAAAAUAGUUUACGUGGUCCUAGAAUUUUCCAGAAUGAAAGACCAUAAUAGAUGGCUUUGAAGAAUCUACUCUAUUGGAUAAUUUUGGAGCACAAUGGGCGAUAAAAUAGUUAUUCCUGUGUAUGGAGUGCAUUUGUUAGUACAUUCUAACCUAAGAGAUAGAUUGAUAGGUAGGUACUUUCAACAGUACAAAAUGUGUAGAGUAACAAUAUAAUUUAAUUAUCUACUAUUACAGAUGGGUUCAAUAAACGAUUCCGUUCCCAAUUUAAA